AUGGCGGCAACGACUCACAUCUCUUUCUCAUGGGCGCUGCCUGUGGAUGCACUCACUUUCAGAGCGAAUCUGGAAGCGUACACCAAUCUCCGUCCAACACUGGAGCUGCUACAUCUCUGCAAACGAUCCGAAAAUUGUCGACUUCCGGUGGAUAUCUUAGAGAUGAUCGAGUCGCUCUUGCUGGAAGACGAACGAGCCCGUUGCCGUGAGAACUUCGCCCAACUCUUGAAGUGUUAUGAGUCCCGCUGCGAACAAGCCGACCAUUUCGAGCAAGACAUACGGGACCGGAUUGAAGCCGAGCCCGAGCGAGACUCUAUUCUGCCAUUCGCGUCUCUGCCAUUCGCGAUGAGAUAUUUUACCGCGCCGAUGUGGCGGAUAAUUCGGUCGAAUGCCGUGCCCGGGUUGAACGACAAGAUCCAGGAAUACCGAAUCGCCUGCAAGACGAAACAUCACCAAAAUGUCGAUCUCUGGCAGACCAUGGACGUCACUCGACGGGACAUCGGCGUCCUGCGUGACGACUUCGGGCUGUGUUCACGGUCUGUCGAUUAUGGAGACCAUUCCGCUGCAAGCCGGUGGCAGAAGCCGCCAGAAUGGCUCUACCGCAGUGCCAGAUACACCAAUCUCCGCGCUCGCUCGGUCAUAUACUUGCAUCUUCCGGAAACCACGAAUGUGCCGUAUUGCUUUGGCGUGUAUCCGAAGAAGUCGGAGUCGUAUCGAGAAUUCGAGCUUCCGGAAUAUAUUGGGCCGACCGUGACUGAUUGGACUCGUCAGCCUGUGAUGCCGGAGACGCCUUCGGCGCAGUCGUUGUAUCGAUUUGCGCGGGCAGUCAAGAUUUUGGGUCUGCGGCCGCCGAGCGAGAUCGACGGGGAUGGUUCAUUCGAGGGAUCGGAGCAGCAGCCGGCGUUGACGAUUAUCCAACUCUCUUGGGCCGUCCCAGUCGACAUCCUCAAACUCGGCGCCCAUCUCGAAGCAUACACUAAUCUUCGACCCACUCUUCAAAUCCUGCACCUCUGCAAGCGGUCGGCGAAGCAAAAGCUACCCGUCGACAUUCUGGACCUUGUAGCCGCUUUGUUGAUCGACGAGGAACGGGAAAGAUGCCUCAGUGAAUGGUCGCAGCCGCUGAAGUGCUGGGAAGAGCGAUGCUGCCAGGCGGAUCACUUCGCUGGAGAGUUCCGAGCGAAGAUCGAAGCCGAUCCGGAUUUCGAGGUGAUGAAGCCAUACAUGCUCCGAUCGUGGAAUAUUCACGACGUAGAGAUAACGGGACGAUCUCCAAAAGAGGCAGCGAGUCUGGCUUCGAAGAUCGAGACGGAGCGUCAAAAAUGCAGAGACAUCCACCACGAAAACGUCAGGAGCUGGCACGCCAAGGUCAACAGGUUGAGCGCCGGGCCCGAGGGGCAACGCGAUGACAUGUCAGAUGUGCUAAGCACGGUCUUCGGACUGGAGGCAUGCUGCCACCAUGAGAGAUUGAAGGUUCGGAGGGUGAAUCCAUGGGCGGGGCGUCAGCAUUCUCAAUCUUUUCUGGAUGGCCACGCGUCGUUCAUCAACAUGUGCCCCACGACGACUGCGUAUCUGCGUCUUCCAGGUUUACUCGAAAACAUCCAGCGAACAGAUGAAACACCUAUCGCAGCACGUCCACCCACGAAUCGCGAUGACCAGACUGCCAUUGGAUGGUCAACCAGACCCGACAACGCACAAAAGCCUUCCUCGCGAUCGCUCAGCCGCUUUACGCGCGCCAUGAAGAUCCUCAAGUUGCUACCCGUGAGGAGGGUGGUCAAAGAGCAUCAUCCGAAGGAAGAAGGAUAUCCAAAUGGGGAUGGCAAUGCCUAUGCAGAACUCGAAGUGGAGGCGAAGGAGGAUGCUGUUGAGGAGGACGAUGAGGUCCGCGCGCCGCAGCAACCCGCAUUGACGAUGUUUGUGGUCGACACCUACGACGGCGCCCUAAACUUCCAGAUUGAUCACUACACCGAAAUCGCCAAAACGGCCAUUUUGAGGAAUUAG